AUGAUAGAAGAUUAUUUACAUACAGAUUUCGACGUUGCUGUAAAUGAAGCCGACAUGCUAGCAAACAUUAUUUUAGAAGAAAAUGCAAAUGUCAGUGUUGAGUCUGACAUACAUUUUACAGAGAGUUUAAAUAAGGAACAACAAUUUGCUUAUGAUAGUAUUUUAGAUUGUGUUUUCAACGAUAGAAAUGAACUUUUUUUUAUUGAUGGUUCAGGAGGUACCGGCAAAACUUUUUUGUACAAAGCAUUACUUGCUACAGUAAGAUGUAGACAACUCAUUGCAUUGGUAACAAUAUCAUCUGGAGUAGCUACUUCUUUAUUACCUGGUGGAAGAACUAGUCAUUCGCGUUUCAAAAUUCCUCUUCAAAUAAGUCCAAAUAUGCGAUGUUCGGUAAGUAAACAAUCAGCACUUGGUCAGCUUUUAAAAAUGACGAAGCUAAUUGUGUGGGAUGAAGCACUAAUGGUUAAUAAAUAUACUUUUGAAACUUUGGAUAAAAUGUUAAAAGAUAUUACUGAAUGUGAAUUGACAUUUGGUGGAAAGGUCAUUAUGUGUGGAGGAGAUUUUCGUCAAGUCUUGCCAGUGGUACAAAGAGGAACAAAAGAUGAUAUUAUGAAAGCAAGUUUAGCAUUCUCAUAUUUAUGGCAAUACAUUAGACAACUACUAUUAACUCAAAAUAUGAGAGCUUGA